CGAGCUUCGUAAAGUCUCCGGCCUGAUGUCAGGAUAUUUUAUAUCCAUGUCCGGACAUCGGGCCAGGGUGUUAAAGAACCUAAAGGUGUCGGAGGUUUUGGACGCACAGACGGAAGGCGAGCACGUCACCAUAGACGUGCAGGAGCACAAGUGCCUCACGUUGUCUGAGCUGCGCUGGUUCGAGGGCCUGCUGGCAGUGAGGCAGAGGUUCCAGGGUAGCGGGUCACCCUACUUCUUCUUCUCCUCCUCGGGCGGACGGUGUAAGAAGCUCCUUCACUACUUCAAGAGCGAGUGGACUCGCAUGGGGUUCGGAGGGAGCUACACGUUCCGGAAUCUCCGGACGUCGACGGUUCACCACAUCAAGAACCUGAGCCCCCACGUCAGGCGUGCCGUCCACCAGGCCACGUGCCAUUCAGAGGACGUAGCUUCCAAGUUCUACGUUCCUCUGAACACGGUCCAGGAGGCCGCUAACGUGCAGCGGCUGAUGGAGCAGGAGGAUGAGGAGGAGCAGCAGCAGGAGGAGAAGGAGGAGCAGCGGCGGAAGCAGCAGCAGGAUGAGGAGGAGGUGGAACUGCAGGAGAUGCAGGGGUUAGCGUCGGAGGAGGAGGAUGACGAGUGUGCUCGGGCCCACUGCAGCCGGACCACCGGAUUCGGAGUGGACCCUAGGACGCCACCCGGCGUUCACUCAAAGUGCCAGCGGAGCCUCCUGAUGAAGUUCCUCAAGCUCGAGAGAGUGCCGCGAUCCAAGGCGCGAUCCCAGGCGCCCGUCCACAAGCCCAGGCCCCCGGAGCCUCAGCCCGACAGUCCGAUGCCCGGGAGGAAGUGCUCGAGAAAGACCAGGGUCUACGUGGAGUCCUCCUCGUCUUCGGACGCCGAGGAACCCCGCCUGCCCCGCCACGCUCCGGUUGAGGGAGCUGGAGGAACGCCUGAACCUGGUUCCUCAGGGCGCGUGCCCCCGGUCCGACUGCCAGGACACCCUUUUGGAGCUGGCCCGCCUGCAGAGGCUCGUCUCCCACAGCCCGAAGGUUAUGUUGCGUAAGAAGUUCUCGCGGCGGGAUAACUUCUCAAAGACAGACCCUCCCGUCUACGAGAACUUGCUCCAGGAGUUCCUGGAUUCUAUAUGCGGAACGGACCCCUCAAAGAAGAAGAUGGAGAAUGCCAAGGGGUGCGUGAGCCAC